AUGGCUAGAGGAGGCUUGGCGGACGGUCUUCGCCGAUCUUUGGUUGCCGUUCGUGAUGGGGUCUUGCGGCCUCUCCGGUGGUGUGGAUGUGUUGGCUGGUGGUGCCUUAUUAGAGUGGGGAGUGGUUCUGGCUGUUUACCGUCAGUGGUGGUGAGUCGUCCUAGGGUGAGGAGCGAGGCUCGAUCUCCCCGUUUUCUCCGAUCUUCUGGUGUGCAAGUCGGGGAUACGGACACUUCCGGGCCUAGUCCAGUGGUGAUGGCAGGGUCCUGGGUUGGGGUGUGUGGGGUGAGGUCUGGCCUCGGUUGUCCGGAUGUGGGUCGGCUACUAUCUCGUGGUGGAUCGGGGAUCGGGAUUGAAGCUAGGCCUAUUGGUAGUUUCGGGAGUGGGGGUCCUAGACCGUGGAUCUUGUUGUGGGAUGGUUGGCCCUUGUUCUCCUGGUUUGAAAAUGUCACAGACUUCAACCGCUAA